GUAAUCUGUCUCCCUCUCCCUCUCCCUCGCGCUCUCCGUGGAGGUGCAAUGGCGUCAUUGGAUGAUUACUCGCAAGACCUCGAAGAGCUUCGCCACCUUCAGUCCAUCGCCAAGCGGCCGCGGGUCCUCUCUCUCAUCUCCGGUGAAAUCGCAGGCCUUGAGAACAAGAUAUUGAAGGCCGCUACACCAGUGCCAAUCGCAAGAACUCCUAAUCCUGCUGCUUCAAACGGCAAGGCCCCAACGGUGAACUACAUUACACUUGGAUCUUUUAGUUGGGAUCAGGAUACCGACAAACUCAAGUUAUAUGUCUCACUGGAGGGUGUGCAUCAGGAAAAGGUUGACGCAGUAUUUAAGGAGAUGUCUGUUGAUGUGAAAUUUCAUGAUGUCCAAGGCAAGAACUAUCGAUGUGCUAUUCCCAAAUUGAACAAGGAAAUAGUGCCUGAAAAAUCGAAGGUUACAGUUAAGCCGAACAAAGUAAUCAUCACAUUGCACAAAGCUUCCAAGGGCAAUUGGAUGGAUUUGCACUUCAAAGAGGAUAAGCUAAAACCAAGUAUGGACAAAGAAAAAGAUCCCAUGGCAGGAAUAAUGGAUCUAAUGAAGAACAUGUAUGAAGAAGGUGAUGAUGAAAUGAAGAAGACCAUUGCGAAAGCGUGGACGGAUGCAAGAUCUGGCAAAGCUGCGGAUCCUAUGUCAAGCUUCCGUUGAGUGGUCUCCUAGUUGCUUGCCUGGUCCUUCUGUUAAAAUCUAAUGCAAAGCUUCUCAUAUCUGUAUCUAGAGCAUAUUUCUUGCAGGUUGCAAAGCUUGAACAAAGUUCAGAUUAUGGCUUAUUUUA